GCGCGGGGCGCGACUGCAGAUGCGGGCCGGAGUGACCGGGCCGUGCUCUCGCCCAGAAACUGGUACCGAUGCUGUGGUCUUCCAAAGGGGCCUGGAGUAGACAAAUUGCCCCUUUUUAAAAAAACGGGUAGUUCUCGAUCUUAAAGCAGGUCCUACCUUUGACCCCUGCCAAGUCCCAGGCCUGGGUUGGGGGCUGGGGUCACCCUGCGGCUGCACGUGGAGGAGCCCUGGUCUCCUGUCCCAUCUGGGCAGAGAUGCGGCCAGUGCGGGCUUUAGAGCUUCAUUCCCGCUGCCUGGACUCAUAGAGAUGGUUUUCAUCUGCACGUGUUUUACUUUGCAGGGAUAGCCUUUGUUUUAUUACCUGAAGCACCCACCUUUUCUAACGCUCACGAUGCCGGAAGAGAAAUCGCCUCCGCAAAAAAGGCCCCGUAGAAGUUUGUCAAGCAGCAGAACUAAAAAAAAUGCAUCCAAGCCUAUUGUUUCGUUUUUUAACAAUGUACCGCCCGCUAAACUUGCCUGCCCCGUUUGCAGUAAAAUGGUGCCAAGAUAUGACUUAAACCGGCACCUUGAUGACAUGUGUGCUAACCACAAUGAUGCCACUGCGGUUGGUCCCGGGCCUGGCAGCUUAAUGAAUUCAAAUGUGCCCACGGUAGAUUUAACCAAUGUUGCCGUAGAAGAUGUAACACCAGAUAAGUUGUCACCAUCAAAGACGAAUUUAAGCCCUGACCAAAGCAAUUCAGCAAAAACGGGCUUAAAAAAGCAGACGAGUCCCUACUUUAAAAGUUACGGUGAUGAGGUCUGCAAAAACCAAGAUGAGCUGAGCCCUCAGAAGGUCAAAGUCAUUCCUCUGGGAAGCCUGUCAUCUAAAUUAUCCAGAAAAUACAUUAAGGCAAAAAGAUCAGCAGAAAAGAAUGGUCCUCCAGAGGGUUCCCCGGCCACAGUAGUUAGGAUGACCGAUGACUGUUCAGAGACUGAGGACAGGGACUUGGUUUUGGAAAACAGUUCUCAAAAGGAAAACAUAUUUACCUGCGAUUCUCAUAAGGGACAAGACACGGAAAAUGCUGUAGAAGGCGCUCAAUUAACGGCAGCCGCAAACCAAAAGUCCACCCAGGAACGUGGGCGACCCACCCUCGCUCCCGCCUUCUCGGAUAACGCUCGCGUGUUAUCGCUAGAAUUCACUCUAGGGGAUCAGUUACAGUCGCCAUCAGAGGACAGUCCUGCAAAACCGGAGGGUGUCAGUCGGGUAGGUGGCGAAGGUGCUGGAAAAUGCGAGGCAGGUCCUGGUGAAGGGAAAAGGCCUGUGGCUUCAGAAGCCAAAGCACAGCUGUCAGAUGGCGAGGCACCAUCGCCCAGUUCUACACACGAUGCUCUUGAGUCGAGUCACAGCUGGGAACUUCCUCAGGAAGGUGACAGUGAGGUCACUUGCGGAGGCCCUUCGGAGCAGGGCCCGGGCUGUGCUGUCCCUGGCAAAACAAGCCCGGCCCCGCCGAGUCACCCGUACUACCUUCGGAGUUUCCUUGUGGUGCUGGAAGCCGUGUUCGAGAAUGAAGAUGACAGGACGCUCUUUGACGAACACGAGAAGGGAAUUGUCACUAAAUUUUAUCAGUUAUCAGAUAGUGGUCAGAAGUUAUAUGUAAGACUUUUCCAACGUAAGUUCAGCUGGAUUAAGAUGCAUAAGUUGGAAUAUGAAGAGAUCGCCGCUGACUUAGCCCCCGUGGUCGGAGAACUGGAGCAGGCCGGCUUCCUGCAGACAGAAUCCGAGUUGCAAGAACUCUCUGAAGUGCUUGAACUACUUUCUGCUCCGGAACUAAAAACCCUGGCGAAGACCUUCCACUUGGUGAACCCCACUGGCCAGAAACAGCAGCUGGUGGAUGCCCUGCUCAAACUGGCCAGGCAGCCCUCUGUCUGCACCUGGGGCAAGAACUCGCCCGGAAUCGGGGCAGUGAUUUUAAAAAGAGCCAAGGACUUGGCGGGACCAUCGCUGCGAGUGUGUAAAGGGCCCCGGGCUGUGUUUAGCCGGGUCCUGCUGCUCUUCUCCCUGGCGGACUCCCUGGAGGAAGAGGAGGCGGCCUGCGGGGGGCAGGGCCAGCUCUCCACGGUGCUGCUGGUCAACCUGGGCCGAGUGGCGUUUCCCCAGUACACAGUCAAUCGGAAAACCCAGGUCUUCCAGGACAGAGAUGACCUCAUCAGAUACGCAGCCGCUGCCCACAUGCUGAGUGACAUUUCCACCGCGAUGGCCGGUGGGGACUGGAAGGCAGCUAACGAGCUCUCUCAAUGCGCCAGGAGGGACUGGAACAAGCUGAAAAACCACCCUUCCCUGAGGUACCACGAGAACCUGCCGCUCUUUCUGCGCUGCUUUACCGUCGGGUGGGUCUAUACCAGGAUCCUGUCCCGAGCCGUCGAAAUCCUGCAGCGACUUCACAUGUAUGAGGAAGCGGUCAAGGAACUGGAGGACCUUUUGUCCCAGAAAAUCUAUUGUCCUGACAGCAGAGGCCGAUGGUGGGACCGGCUGGCUCUCAACCUCCACCAGCACUUGAAACGCCUCGAACCGGCUAUCAGGUGCAUCGCAGCAGGGCUGGCGGAUCCCGAAGUGAGGACGGGGCAUCGCCUUUCGCUCUAUCAGAGAGCUGAGCGCCUGAGAGCGUCCCCGAGCUGUCGGAAGUACAGGCACCUCUUCCACCAGCUGCCGGAAGUCACCGUGCACGACGCGAAGCACGUGACCAUCACGGGCCGGCUGUGCCCGCAGCACGGGAUGGGCAAAUCCGUGUUUGUGAUGGAGGCUAGGGGGGCCGCCACCCCCACCACAGUCCUGUGCUCCGUGGAGGAGCUGGCACUGGCCCAUUACAGACACAGUGGCUUCGACCAAGGGAUCCACGGGGAAGGGUCCACCUUUAGCACGCUGUUCGGCCUCCUCCUGUGGGACGUCAUCUUCAUGGACGGGAUACCCGACGUCUUCAGAAAUGCCUACCAGGCAUUCCCGCUGGACUUGUGUACAGAUGGCUUCUUCGUGAGCAGGCGGCCGGCCAUCGAGGCCAGGCUGCAGCUGAUCCACGCUGCGCCCGCCGAGCGCCUGCGAGCCAUGGUGGCAGCCACGUGGCAGGCCCAGGAAGGCAGAGCGGCCUCCAUUGUCAGCUGGGAUCGCUUCACUUCCCUUCAGCAAGCUCAGGACCUUGUUUCCUGCUUGGGUGGCCCCAUCCUCAGUGGCGUGUGCCGGCGCCUGGCUGCGGACUUCCGCCACUGCCGUGGUGGCCUCCCCGACCUGGUGGUGUGGAACUCCCAGGAUCACCGCUUCAAGCUGGUGGAAGUCAAAGGCCCCAACGAUCGCCUUUCGCAUAAGCAGAUGAUCUGGCUGGACGAGCUGCAGAAGCUGGGGGCUGACGUCGAAGUCUGCCACGUGGCUGCAGUGGGAGCUAAGAGCAAAGGCCUGGACUAGAGCUGUGCAACUGGGAGUCUCUGGUCAGACCUAAGAUUUUCAAAAUUAUGAGUGUAAAUACAUUUAAUUUUGAUUUUGUUACUGUCAGCAAUAAACCUGAUGGUAAACUUA